AGUCAGCGCGCUUUAGCAAUAUCGGAAAGUCGUUACAACUUUCCCGUUUUUAGCGCGAUUCCGACCAAACAAAAACUGAGACGAACUGCGUUAUGGAUUACACCAGAAAUAUUAUCCUUUUCAUAAUUUGUUCAAAAUGUGUUGCUGUAAAUAUAGAUAAGAUAGAGGUACCAGCCACAGUCGAAUUAGGUACUGAGUCAAUAAUACUUGACUGUCAGUAUAGUACAAAAACUGCAAAUCCAGCCGGUCUUGUGGUGAAAUGGUUCUUCAAUGGAUCUUCAGGGUUGGUGUAUCAAUGGAUACCACCUUUACGACCGCAAGUCAUUGGGCUAUUAAAAGGAAAAGUUGAUAUGAGCUUUAGAAUUUCAGACGAGCCCCUACAAGCGUACCGCGCGAUCAAAAUUCAGAAACCCUCAACAAAUCUCAGCGGGAACUACACGUGUGUCGUAUCUACUUUCACCGAGGAAGACCAGCAAACUCGAUCCAUGAUUGUAUACAGUCCAGCAAAAAAAUUCCGAUUCAUACAAGAAAAGAAAUAUGUAUUUUUAGUAACAUUGAUCUGUUUUGCACAAGACGUGUAUCCAGAUCCAGAUAUUUCAAUAUGGUCCCAGAGCAAAUUGCUAGAACAGGCUGUAAAAGAAUCGCAAAUAAAUUCUUGGGGUCUGUACACAGUAACUAUAAAGGCAGUUGUACACGACGAAGACGUCACUGGUCUCUAUGAAGAGUAUGUGUGUGAAUUAUCUUUACCUCAAACAAACUAUACGAGAAACCUUACAACUGUUUAUUAUCCUGGCCUCAUGCCAACAGCCUACAUAUCCGCCUACGAGGUACAGAAGCCUCAACAACAUCAAGCAAAUAGGACUUCGACCAACAGCGAACAAUUUAAAAUAUUCUGUGACCUAAUUUUAAUGAUGGCAUUUUGUAAUAUUUUUAAAAUAAAAACGUACUAAAUACGUAAA